AGCAUAAGAGCAAAAGAUAGAAUCGGUCGGGUGCAUAGAAGUGAAGGAAUUUUCAGAGCUUCGACAAUUUUUCCUCCCAACGCAUCAUAUUCUUUCGUCAAGUGAUAACGUGCGCGUCACCAUUCGUCCCCACAUUGCAAGGGCAAUUGUUUUAUCAAUCGAGGUGGUGCACAGCGAAUUCACCCGACUCUGUGCUGCGAAAAGUUAACACGAAUUAAGUGAAAAAACGCAUUUGCCCCCCCUCACCUCAUUGAAGGGAGCAGCAGUGCAAGAAGAUAUCUGGAUAUGAUUGGGUUUCUUUGGAAAAGUUGUGUUUUGCACCGUUGAAGACACCAGCUCACGGGUUGGUGUACAUGCAUUAGUGGGAUUCGUGUAUGGUGAUGCAAAAACAGAAACCCUCAGACAAAUUCGGGCUACUGCAGUAAAAUCGUCUUCCCUACCGUGUGUUUUUUUGUGUUUGUUUGUGUGUGGAUAGGUUGACAGCUCAAGCAGAGCGAGCACCGAGGAAGGCAGACCAUCGGAUUUCGAUAGGCCUAGGCCCUAAUGUGACAUGCAUUGUGUCGUGACAAGAAUUGCAUUCAUUUACACGAAACACGGUUUCAAUUUUGUUCAGUAUUACUUCGCUACUUGUGGCCAUUUGCUCCUUCUGCUUUGAUUGCGUGUGCAGGCCCUUCGGUGGUAAUAGCGUUCGUGGAAAGUGAUUUGCACGGGAACAGCAGCAUCAUUAGUAGGCCUCGGAAAAGCCUCUGCUCUGUAAGGCACAUUCGCUUGGUGGAAAAAAGUUGUCAACUGAGUGUGUGGGUGUGUGUGUGUGUGUGGACCGUCGUCUCGCAAGAGGAAAGCAGGAAAAUCCUCACUGCUCACGAUAGAAUCAGCCAAGAAACGGAAAAGAAUUUCAUCGUAGCAGACCGUGGUGUUUUGCAAAGAAAAAGCUUUACCCAACCGUACGACGAUUAGUGCACAACAGCGUAGCAGAACGUGUAGAGUAUCUUCUCGCGCUCAAUACCACUCACGGUUCGAUUUUCUUAUUGUGUUUGUGGUUUUCUUUUCUUCUUCUUUGCCUGGUCCUUGCGUUGCGUUUCCUUUGGUGGUCCAUUGGUCCUUGUACGACUAGUAUAGUGCGUUGUUUCGUUGUUAUCAGUGUGUACGUCUCGAAACACACACAGGCAGCACAUCCGAAGGCCUAUUGAAUUUGCGAGAACAACUUACCUCAUCCUCGUUGUAUGGUGCAGCAGCAAUCAGCACCACCGUCAUCUCUCGUUCGUCCUGUGCAUUUCUACGGCAAAGUGUGUGUGUGCUGCCAAGAAGUAAAGGAAUAAAAGCGGUACGACGUGUGCGGCAAUCGCUGGCCAUAGGCAAACAAAAAACAACAUCAUCUAAAUAAGGGAACCCCUUCUCGGUGUGCUCGCGAUUGCUGUUGUGGACGAAAACGAAACGGACGGUGAGGAAAAUGUACAGUAAAAUGAAUGGAUACCCUUCGUCAUCCUUUCGAUCAAGCAGUGGUCGACUGUGGGGAAUGUCACACUCGCUACCCUCCGGAAUGUCAAACUACCUGCAGGAUGCCGAUUUCUCGUCCUAUUCCCGGCCCCGACUGUAUGGUGAUAUGCCGUCGAGCAGUACGUUCGGUGGCGGUAACCCAUCGACACCGCACCACCACCACCAUCACCACAAUCACCACAGUCAGCCAUCCCAUCACCACACGUCCUCAUCCAGCACGAGCUCGCUGACCGGCGUGAACUUCGGACCUGGAUCGUCCGGCAAUGCUGGUACCAACCUGAUCGUCAACUAUCUGCCGCAGGACAUGACGGAGCGGGAAAUGUACGCGAUGUUCUCCUCGGUGGGCGCGCUCGAAAGCUGUCGACUGAUGAAAGAUCUAAAGCAGACUGGGUACAGCUACGGCUUCGGGUUCGUGAACUAUCUGAACGAGGAUGCGGCGCAACGCGCGAUCAGGUGUCUGAACGGUUAUCCGCUGCGCAACAAACGCCUAAAAGUUUCAUACGCGCGACCACAAAGCGACGAUAUCAAGGAAACGAACCUGUACAUCACGAAUCUGCCCCGCACGAUCACCGAAGAGCAGCUGGACAUUAUUUUCGGCAAGUAUGGAACUAUCGUACAGAAGAAUAUUUUGCGCGACAAGCUGACGGGUCAGCCUCGUGGUGUAGCUUUCGUACGGUUUAAUAAGCGUGAGGAAGCACAGGAAGCAAUAUCGGCCCUCAAUAACGUGAUCCCACAAGGUGGUAAUCAACCAUUGAUAGUACGGGUUGCGGAAGACCAUGGGCGAGCUAAGGCUGCACUUUAUGUACCCUCGUACAACUCUAUCGUGCACAACAAUAGAGGUAGAGUACGAAUGCGCAAUACUCCGUACUGAACAAUCAUCUGACACAUAUACAUAUAUUUACACACACACACACAUAUCCAGAUAUAAUUACAUCUCCAUCCUAAUAACAUUCUAGCGCAUUUCCUUCUUUGAAAGGUUUUCCUAGAUGGUUCCGAGUCUCCCAGUGAUUGACAGAUUUUUCGAAUGAGCAUUGAAAAUGGACAUAAAGCGAAUGGCAUCCACAUAUUCUUCACACUGGAUUCCUAUCGCUUUCGAUCUUUUACCUUGAUGUACCAUUAUUACUGCUCAUAUCACUUCGGAAACUCUGAAUCAAACGAAUGAAAUACAUUUUUUGUAAUUGAAAAAGAAUGCAAAAGGGAAUGUGUCUUUCACUAAAGUCUUUCCCAAAUAUGGUCCUAAUCAUUUUCUAAUUUUAUUUCCUCUUUUGUUGCUUGCGUAGUAGGGAAUAGUUUCUAAUUUUGUUUUAAAUGAUUUUUGCUGUUCCCUAAUGGUUACGGAUGGUUGCUUUUUAUAUGCAAUUUUAGUGUAAAGUGACUUUUAAAAGUCACCCGAGUGCAUAGUUGUCGUUUUAAACGUUUUUUUCUUUGCUGUUGCCAGUACCAUACGCUCUGGCGCAAGUUCUUGAUUUCGUUUUUUUUUUUGCUGAAUACUUGAUGCUUGAUUUCAACUAGAUCUAGUUGAUUUUUUAGUUUUAGUUAAAAAAUGCAUGAGGGGCAUCUUUGUUGCUGUUGGCCUUCGUUCGAGUAAUCUACUUUAAUGUAUGCAAUGUAGUAAACGAAUGUCUCUGAACCGAUUAACAUGCGGUAUCUUUUCAUGGAAUAGUCCAGUACCUUCAGCAUAGAAUCGUUUUGUUGUGAGCUAAUUGCAAGGAAUCGGAAAGGCAUUGUUUUGUAUUAGCUUUCGAGUCUCUCAUGCACCAAGCUAAGAAAAGAUGUAGAAGCAAAAAAAAGGAUCAAUAUCGUUUUGUGUUGUUGUAUGUUAUCCUUGCUAAGGUUUGGCUUUAUUUGAACAAAAGCUGGUAGCCACUCAAUAUAUAAUUUAUGGGAAUAGCAUUACUGCUUUAGUGUUAAGAAUUGCACUCUUUGUGUGUUGGAACAUGUAAUAUGUUGAAAAGGAGAUAGUUUUCCUGUUUGAAUAAAUCCUUACAAAGUGUGUACAGCAAAACGGCCAAGCCGGUUUUAACUAUUUAGAAGCUGAAAUACAAAAUGUGUACUACAU